ACAUAAAUUCAUCACAAUGGAUAACACCCGCCGGGCAAACCUCUGAGACCAGACCAGACCAGACAGCGAGAGAGAGGAAGGAGGAAGGAAGAAAGCGAGAUGGUGCAGCCGCACGGCGACGGCGAGCAAGAGAACGACGAGUUCUACGUUAGGUACUACGUUGGGCACAAGGGGAAGUUCGGGCACGAGUUCCUCGAGUUCGAGUUCAGGCCCGAUGGCAAGCUACGUUACGCCAACAACUCCAACUACAAGAACGAUAUCAUGAUCCGCAAGGAGAUCUGGCUCACUCCCGCCGUCAUCCGUGAGUGCCGCCGCAUCAUCUCCGACAGCGAGAUCAUGAAGGAAGAUGAUAACAACUGGCCGGAACCCGACCGUGUGGGUCGACAAGAACUUGAAAUUGUCAUGGGAAAUGAACACAUUUCCUUCACAACUUCGAAGAUUGGGUCCCUUGUCGAUGUGCAGAGUAGUAAGGAUCCUGAAGGGCUUCGAAUCUUUUACUAUCUUGUUCAGGACUUGAAGUGUUUUGUAUUCUCGCUCAUCUCACUUCACUUCAAGAUUAAGCCAAUAUGAUUGAGUUUCUUCUGCUCCUUUUGUCCGAGACUGUUAGGUUUAUGAGGUUGUUCCUCGAUCAGUAUUGAUGCCUGCCUGGAAUGGAUUCAUCGAUUUGGGUGAUAGUACCUCUGGUGUAUUUGGUGUGUGUGGAUAUAUCCCAAGCUGUCAAUUGCUUGCCCGUGAACUAAAAUGUUGAAUUCUUCUGUUAAUGGAGGUUUCAGAUUUUUAUUUCUGGAUA